AUGUCACAACAUCCGCUGUCCUCGUCGGUACAGCCGACGGAUAUCUACGGCGGAGAUGAGGUCUCGGCCCUUGUGCUCGAUCCGGGCUACUGCAACUCGCGCGCCGGCUUCGCGGGUGAGGAGAUGCCCAAGCAGGUGAUACCGUCCUUCUAUAUCCACGCCAACGGCCGCGAUCUGUUCGGCGACCCAAUUAUCACUCCACGCGCUGGUUUCGAAGUGCGCAACUACAUGAACCGCGAUAGCGUCGUCGAGGACUGGGAUGCCGCCACUCGCAUUUGGGAGCACAUGCUUGUCAAGCGACUACAGCCCCCAAGACCGAACCCUGCCAGAAGGGACCGACCGAACGUGGGCGACGAUGGCGAUGUAGAGAUGGGUGAGAACGAGGAUGCCGUCGGCGAAAUCGAGAAGCCCCUCGCCGAGAACCCCCUACUCAUGACCGAGGCGCCCUGGAACUCGGGAAAAGCCCGCGAGAAGGCUAUGGAGGUGUGCAUGGAGAGUUGGAGUUGCCCGGCCUUUUGGCUCUGCAAGACUCCGGUGCUGGCUGCGUUUGCCGCAGGAAAGGCCACCGCGCUAGUGCUAGACGUGGGCGGAGCCAACACAAGCGUCACGGCCAUACACGACGGCAUGGUCCUUAAGCGGUCUGUCCAACGAUCACCUGCCGCCGGUGUCUGGCUGAGCGGCCAGAUCCGCUCCAUGUGGAAGAACAGCGAGCCAAAGGUCGACAUCGUGCCGACCUUCAUGGUCGAGAACAAGAGGCCCGUCGAGGCUGGUGCUCCCCCGGAUGUCCGGCUGCGCGACUUUGACUUCCCCAUCGCCGACUCGUUCCGCGCCUUCGAAGAGGAGCGCGUCCUCACCGAGUUCAAAGAGUCGGUCGUCGAAGUAUGGCGCGGGCCGGGCCGCUACAUGGCCCCCGGGAACGAGGAUUAUGCCAGGAGCCAGCCCGGCCGCGUCUUUGAGAUGCCUGACGGCAGCAACCAGAUGUGGCGCGAACAACGCUACCGCGUGGCCGAAGGCAUGUGGGACGAGACUGCGGCAUACCCCGCUCUCGGCGAAGAGCCAGCUAUAUCCAAAGCACAGACGAUCCCGGCACUUAUCAAGGCGGCACUGGACGGCGUCGACGUCGAUUUGCGGCCGAACUUGCUUGGCAACGUGGUCGUCACGGGCAGCACGAGCCUGUUGAACGGGUUCAAUGACCGGCUCAACCACGAGCUCACCGGCAUGUACCCGGGUCUGAAGAUCAGGAUCCAUGCGGCGGGCCUGACCAGCGAGCGGCGGUUUGGCGCCUGGAUAGGUGGGAGCAUCCUGGCCAGCUUGGGCACGUUCCACCAGAUGUGGAUUUCGAGGAAAGAAUACGAGGAAAACGGGCCGGGUAUCGUGGAGAAGCGUUGCAAGUAG